AUGGGAAAUGGGGUUGGGAAGCUGACGAUAUGUUUCACCGGAACCGACGUAGUUCACCGGAGAAAAGACAUGUCGGUUGUCGUCUCCGACCAGCCAUUGGAUGAUUUGGGUCAUUCUUUCUGCUAUGUUAGACCUGACCAAUCUUGCAACAAUUCCUCCAAAGUUCACUCCGCCGAAGAAGCGACGACGUUCCGAUCAAUUUCCGGCGCCGCAGUCUCCGCCAACACCUCCACCCCUCUCUCCACUUCUCUAAUCGAUCUCUAUUCAUGCAACACCAUUGAUAAAGCUUCAGCUUUCGAGAGCUCUACUUCGUUUGCAUCAGUUCCUCUUCAACCUUUGCCUCGAAGCUCGAUUAAUUCGGGCCCUUUACCGUCGGGUCUGGUUCCAUAUUCGGGUCCUAUCGAAAGAGGCUUUCUUUCUGGCCCGAUUGAACGUGGGUUUCAAUCGAGCCCGCUUUUCUCUGGCCCUUUCGAAAAGGGUUCUCAUGAUCAGUUUCAAAGAAGCUAUUCUCAAGGUGGGUUCGCUUAUAAACGAAGAUCAAGUAAAGGGUCUCUGAUUCGGGUUAUACGAAGGGCGAUUUCAAGAACAUUUGUUACCCGUGGCCAAAACGCCAUUGUUGCCCCCAUUAUCAAAAGUGUUGAUUCUUUGAAACAACACGAUUGGAUUGGUGGGUCUUCUGAGAAAAACAACGAAUUGACGAUCAGCAGUGCAAAUUUGAGCAGCGAAAGUAGUUUUCUGGAUGAUGAUGAGAGUUUUAAUCAGAGCCAGAAUCUUCAAUGGGCUCAAGGGAAAGCCGGAGAAGAUCGAGUUCAUGUCGUCGUGUCGGAGGAACAUGGUUGGGUUUUCGUCGGAAUUUAUGACGGAUUUAAUGGUCCAGAUGCACCUGAUUUUCUUUUGUCGAAUUUGUAUCCAGCAGUUCAUAAAGAACUCAAAGGUUUGUUAUGGGAUGAUAAACUCGAUUCAUCAAAUUCGACCUCUUCGGUGCAAUCUAUAGAUGCCAUCGAGUCUCAUCUUGACGAUCAACCGCAAAGAAAUGUGUUUCCAAAGUCUGUUGAUCAGCCUGAAAGUUACCCGAGUGCUACUGAGGAUUUCCAGAUGAGUUCACGGAAACGGAAGAGCAAGAACUCGAAGGUUAGACAUCGAGGGUCAGGGAACAAGUGGGAGGAGAAUCAGAGAUGGUGGAAGUGCGAAUUCGAUCGCGAAAGAUUAGAGUUGGAUCGAAGAUUAAAAGAAUACUCGAAUUCAAACGGUUCUGAUUCAACUAAUCAUUCUGAUGUUCUAAAAGCUCUCUCUCGGGGGUUGAGGAAAACAGAAGAAUCUUAUUUAGAUAUUGCAGAUCAGAUGCUCGACGAAAAUCCUGAACUAGCUUUAAUGGGUUCUUGUGUUCUUGUUAUGUUAAUGAAAGGAGAAGAUGUUUAUGUAAUGAAUGUAGGAGAUAGCCGUGCGGUUUUGGCUCAACAACCGGAGCCCGAUCUCUGGCGGCAAGAUCUUGAGCGGAUUAACGAAGAAACUUUAUACGAUCUCGAGGUUUUUGAUGCUGAAAAUGGCAGUACGAACCCGAGUUUAAUGGCUUGUCAGCUUAGCAUGGAUCAUAGUACUUCCAUUGAAGAGGAGGUUCAAAGAAUAAAGAACGAACACCCAGAUGAUGCAUUGACAAUGAUGAACGAUCGUGUUAAAGGCUCGUUAAAGGUCACCCGAGCUUUUGGUGCUGGUUUUCUUAAGCAGCCGAAAUGGAACAACGCGCUACUCGAGAUGUUCAGGAUCGACUAUGUCGGAACUUCUCCGUACAUAAAUUGCGUCCCGUAUCUUCACCAUCACAAAUUAGGCCCGAGAGACCGAUUCUUGAUACUAUCCUCAGACGGGCUAUAUCAGUAUUUCACUAAUAAAGAGGCCGUUUCUGAAGUCGAACUCUUCAUUCAAUGGUCACCUGAAGGAGACCCUGCUCAGCAUCUCGUAGAGGAGGUUCUGUUUCGGGCAGCCAAAAAAGCCGGUAUGGAUUUUCACCAAUUGCUAGAAAUACCGCAAGGGGAUCGCAGGCGUUACCAUGAUGAUGUUUCAAUUAUUGUUAUUUCACUCGAAGGAAGGAUUUGGAGAUCGUGUGUGUAAGUAAACGAUACGCCAAAAAACAACGGGAUUUACGUAUAGAUAGAGGAAAUUUUCAAACGGGUGCUCAAAUUUUUGAUCGUUUAUCUGUUAUUUAAUAGAAAACUUCAAUUGUAAUUCUGUAAAAACAUUUCCCAUGUUGAUUAAUACAAA